GAAGACUAAACGUAUCCUAAGUGUACUUCUUGGUUACACAGUAUUUCAUCUUCAUGGAACUCCUUGGUUACAAUCCUCAUGGGGUUCAUCCAAUGUCAUGUUCUUUAGGUCAUUCAGUGGCAUUCCGUUAAGGCCAUAUAUCGAAACUCAUCUUAAUGGCACUCUCGUCAAUAGUGCAGUAAAUAGUUCAAUCACAGACGAAGAUGAUGAUUUCGACCCGGAUGAUCUGCUGUCACCACCAUAUCCAUGUCUCGUUGAUUUGGCUGUUGUGUUGAUAGAACUCCACAAGGCCAAGUCUCUCGAGUCCCUAGCAGAAGUCUAUGGAAUUCCAGUGGUUGAAGAAAUGGACAUUACAGCUCGCUACAUCCUUGUGCGCGAAGUUUUCAAGCACUGUCAGUUAGAUAUUACCGACCAAACUCGAAUAGCUAUCAGCAUGUGCCUCGAUCCAAACAUCGGCGUGAACGAUGACGGAGACGAGAUAGAUGAGCAUGGCUUGCGAGACGUUAUCUAUCAAGAAGUAGUACGACGGCUAGAGGAUGAACUAGAGCAGGGCUUUAGCGAACUUUCAAUUGACAAACUAGAUACCCUGGUACGGAAUUUAGACCUUGCCAACGGGGGACAGCCAAUACGUCUAGAGCAAAAAGGAAGCUUGCCAGAGACGAGAACCGCCAACUCAAAGCAGAAGCGCAGGCACCCGGAAGACCCUGCGGGGCGCCAAGUGAGGUUUCUCGCCUUACCGGAUCCUAACAUUUCAGACCACUCCUACCAGUCAGCUACGUCUAAAUUAAAUAUUCCAGCCAAAGAAAAUGGGCCAAGAACACAGGAUAAAGAAAAUCGCUCCAGUAGCCUCAAUCAUCUACCAGCAAAACACAGCGGACAUUCAACGACUAGACCAGACACAAUCCGUGUGUUGAAUAUUCCCGACGACCUCCUCGAGCUCGAACUAAAAACAGAACUUGAGAGACUGUUCGGUUCGAUCUGUAAGAUCCACAGUCUGGCUCGAGCCUCACGGGAUAUGUGCUGGCAUAAAUGUGCAACCGUUACGUUCCCGGCCAUCCGAAACGAUGAGUUGAGCAAGUUGAUUAGGGCUGAGACGGCUGAUCUACGAGGCCCCUUCAAUUUUCACUACGAUACGAACUUCUUUGGGCUGAGCCCAUUGCACGAUGCCGGCGACGAUGCCAUAGUCGACAUAAUCGCCAUCGAGGGCCUAGGAACAAAUCCAUUUAGUACCUUUCGAGCCCCGCAAGGUGACGAGAUGUGGCUUCGGGACUACCUGAAAGAUAACUUCCAAUCUAGUCGAGUCCUACUCUACGGAUAUGAUUCCAAGGUCCUCAGUUCAAGAACCGACCAAAACAUUUAGGAAAUCGCUAGCACGUGCAAGAAUUUUAUUACAGAUUUCCGCAAACUCACCAAGGUAUUUCCUUUCCAGAAGCGAACGAGCAUAGACUAAUCCACAACCAGACCG